AUGAAUUCUAAACGACGGCCAAUACCAUUAGAAGUAUCUACUUGGAUGGACAAAGAUUUGACAUUAAGAAAAAUAACGGCUAAUUCACGUUUAUUAACAAAUGAUACCAGACAAAAUAUUGUAUUAAGUCGACAAUUUUUUUCGAAUUUAUUAACAUUAUCAUAUGCACGUUAUCGAAAAAUGUCACAAUAUGAUUUUGAUAAAAAAUUAUUUCUUAAAAAUCAACGCAAUAAAUCAGAAUCAAUGCCGGGUUUUCGUCCACGUUUGGAUCAAAUAACAAUGGGUAUGAAUAGAAAUACACCAUCUCGAAUACAAUCAACUAGAAAAACUGGCAAUCCAUUAAUAUGUCCAUCAGCUCAAUCAUUUUUUUCUCGUUCGGAAACAAAAUCUGAUCCAACAUUUAAUCGCAGACAACAACCUUUAUUUCGACAAGUUAGAACUGCUCAACCGAUGAGAGCUGAAUCAAUCACACCUCUACCUGAUAUAACACCUGUUAUAAAUUCUGCAACACCUACUAAUCAACGAACUUCAAUUCGGCCACAAAUGUCACGCGAAACACUUAAUCGUUUAGCUCAACCAAAAUGUUAUCGUUCUAAACCAACAGUUAAUAAUAAUAAUAAUCAUGUUCGUUCAAAUAUAAUUGAAGAAACAACAACACCAGAAGAUAUUUUUGGUAAAAUUGAGCAUGAAUCAGACUUCACAUCACAAGAAGUACAGCCUAUCAUUCAAGAAAAACCUAAAAGUGCAGCUGAUGAUAAACGUUUUCAUCAUUUAGUUGGUGCUUUUACUAAAAUACAUGAGGCUCAAACAUCAAAUUUACAAACAGUUAAAAGUAUUGUACGAGCCAAUCCAUCAUUACAAGAUGAAGAAGGACAAUGGAAAAUCGAAUGUCGUUCAGUAAUCAGUCGUAAAGUUGAACGUGAUCAUAGCCGUCAAAUGCUUGCUGAUAAACUUCAUAAUAAACAAGAUGUAUUUUUAAUUGAUGUUGGAGCAUAA